AACUGCAAUCCCACCUUCAUUUUUGGUUAUAAUCCGCGGGCCUCGAUUAUUGUCGUUGGGAAUUGUCAGGCGAAUUUUUCGAGGAAAUAACCAAUCGUUUCACCUUACAGCAAGCAUGAAUCGGAGCAUUAUCUUGGGGUUACUGAUACUUUGCCAGAUUCCCGACUUUUUUGCCAAACAAAAGAACCAGAAGACUGUAAUCGAUGACAUAGUCGACAUCAAGGAUUUUAAAAAGUUGCUGCGAACCAAGAACAAUGUUUUGGUUUGCUUUGUCACGUCUCAAAAACAGUCUUCAGAAGUAUUGAAAGUAUUUGAGGAAGCUGCUGAUGUUAUCAAAGGUUCUGGAACAAUGGUUCUCGUGGAUUGUGCUGGGAGUGGAAAAAAGAUGUGCAAAAAGUUGAAAGUAUCCCCUGAACCAUACAUACUCAAACAUUAUUUAGAUGGUGAUUGGAACAAAGACUAUAACAGGAGAGAGACGGUCUCUUCCAUGGUAAAUUUCAUGAGAGAUCCAUCUGGAGAUCUUCCAUGGGAUGAAGAUUCGACCGCACUUGAUAUUCUCCACAUUCCGGACAACAAUGCACUAACGAAAGUGUUGAAGAAAGAGACGCUGCCAAUUUUAGUAAUGUUCUACGCACCAUGGUGUAGCUACUGCAAGCAACUUAAACCGGAAUAUGCUGCAGCAGCGACCGAGUUGAAGGGCCACGCAGUUAUGGCUGCAAUAGAUGUUAAUCGACCAGAAAAUUCUGGUGUGCGCAAAAAGUACAAUAUAACUGGUUUCCCAACAAUGCUGUACUUCCACAACGGCGUUCAGAAAUAUACCUAUGAUGGAGAUAACAAGAAGGAUGGCCUAGUGAGCUUUAUGAAAAACCCAGGUUCUGCACCUGUCAAGCCGAAAGAAGAAGAGUGGUCCGACACUGACAGCGACGUUGUGCAUUUAACGAAUCUCAACUUUAAUCUAGUCAUUAAAGAAGCAGCAUCCGUUCUUGUCAUGUUUUAUGCGCCAUGGUGCGGAUAUUGUAAGAAAAUGAAACCAGAAUAUGAAGCCGCCGCAGCAAAGCUCAAACAGUUGAACGUCAAGGGAAUGCUGGCGGCUCUGGAUGCGACCAAGGAAAGCGGUCUGGCAAUGUUGUAUAACGUUAAAGGAUACCCAACACUCAAGUACUUUGUGUAUGGAGAACACAAGUAUGAUGUCACAUUGAGGGACACAAAUGCCUUGGUGGAGUUCAUGAAGGAUCCUAAAGAACCUCCUCCUCCCCCUCCUCCUGAAGCUCCAUGGUCAAAGCAGCAAUCUGCGGUUGUUCACCUGACCGACAGCGAUUACAAACAGUUUUUAAAAAAGAAAAAACACGUCCUGGUUAUGUUUUACGCUCCCUGGUGCGGCCAUUGCAAGAAAGUCAAACCAGAGUUCACAGCAGCUGCCGAAAGAUUUAAAGAUGUAUCAAAAGUCGAGUUAGCCGCCGUCGACUGUACCGUAAAUACGGCCACGUGUAAUGCUUACGAAAUUCAGGGAUAUCCGUCAAUCAAGUAUUUCAAUUACUUUGACAAAGCCAUGAAAAACUACGUCGGAGACAGAACGGCAGAAGAUUUCGCAAAUUACAUUAUAGCCCAAGACGAAUCUUUGUCAUCUCAGCAAAAGGCUGACUGGGAUAUCCAUCAAGGUGCUGAGCACAUCGUCCAUUUAACUGACAGUAAUUUCGACGAUCAAUUGGACAGCGGUAAACCGUUGUUCGUCAUGUUUUAUGAACCAAAUUGCGAAUCUUGUAAGUCAGCACAACCCAAGUUGGCUGAACUAGCAGCCGAUUUGAAGGCAAGAGGAUCUGACGUUCGGAUUGGAGCUUCAGAUUCUACGUAUAGUCCCGUUGUGGAAUUAGCGUACAAAGUAAAAACACACCCGACGUUCAAGUUUUUCAAUAAAGGCAAAUACGAGAGUGAUUAUGGUGGAAAAAUAAGUGUACAAGACUUCUUAGAUUAUAUUAUCAAAGGCUCAAAGAAGCCAGUUCAAACUGAGCUUUAAUGUUGCAUACUUUUAUAAUAGAUAUAUUUUUUUUACUCCAUAUUUACGUUAACUUAAGAAUUCCUUUUUGUAUUACAAUAUAUUUGAUUUAUAAGUUGAUUUUUAUAUAUUUUCGAGUAUUUACUUACAGUAUCUCAAUUAUCUCAUGAGCAUAUGAUACAUCGUUAUUAAUUAUUUUUAAUUGAUAUAUCAUCUAGACCACUUUUUCACCCACAAACCGAUCUAUGAGAGUGCAAGAAACAUUUCGCAGCAGUAACGUAACCAAUAUUUAACUGUUGAAUGAAAGUGCUGCUGAGAAACAUUGAAGAUAUUUUUAUAAAAUGAUUUAAUCACAAUUACCCAAGUCUCGCGAAACAUUUGUACCAGAUUGUUCAGAUUCGUCGAACAUCUUUUACUAUCGAAAUAACCCCAGUGUUGAACAACAUCGCACCCCUAAGUUGUAGUUAACAAAGUGUUUGAACUUGUUCACAACUCAGUAUCAAUAAAAAUGAUUAAUGCCAUGGUA